UGGAGGAGUUGGAUGGAGCUGCCUAGCUCUCUCUCCGGCAAAGAAGACUGAAAAAACACGCUGUCUUUCGCUUUUCACUACUUACCUUUUUCUUCUAAGAAACCAACUUCCUGCUGAGAUGUUCUUUGACUACCUUUUGAAGGAGAAUCAAGUUUUUGGGAACUAAUAUCAGGAAAUCGAGUUUUACGCAUUACAUCCACGGGGGAGAUCACAGCAGCGUGUUUUUUUUCCAGCGAAACAAGGAAUAAAUCAAGGUUGAGAGUUACAACUACAGCGUUUACGACUCACAAAAGCGCAAUGUGUUGAAGGAUUUCCCCUCAUGUGGAGCGCGUUUUACAGCCGUCAUCAUCCUGAGCGCGUAUACUCUCCAAAUGGCAUAAAGACGAGCUCCACUCUUACUGAAGUCAUCAAUUUGACACUUUGAGUGCCAAUUUGAUCCCAAAUAACUGUAGUAAUGCUAUUACAUCGACUCCAUUAAGGAUCUCUGUUGUGAGUAGAGACUGUGUUGUUGUUGCAAAGCUCUGCACGGGAGCUGAGCUGUCUCUUGUCAUCUUAAUUUUCUCCGGCAUGGCAUCUCAGUGGAAGUAGCCUUCAAAGUGGAAGAUGGCUUUUUCUCUCUCCCCGGGUUACCGCCUAAUCCCCCUGCAUGCCUAAUGGCACAGUGACAGUGAAAAGUCGGCUUUCUGCGAAGGUAAAGAAUGACUGCAGCAGCAGGUGUGCUAACAGGCUUGGCCAAGCUAAAACGCCAGGACUCUGCCCGCUCUCAGCACCGGCCCAUACCAACAUCCCCAGGCCUGGGGAACCUUGGGACUGAGGCCGCCCCAAGGAAGCGGAAACGGCGCACUGAUGUGGUGGUGGUACGAGGUAGGCUCCGGCUCUACUCUGCCUCUGGGUUUUUCCUCCUAUUGGGACUAGUCAUCCUGGCCAUAGGGAUUGGGAUGGCCACACUGGGUUACUGGCCACACAGUGAACCCAUGCCCAAACCUCCCAUCGGAGGAGAAUCGAAGACGGCAACUGCUGGAGGAGUGAAAACAUCUGCAUCAGGGGAAGAAAAUGGAGCCAAUAUGGCGGUCACGGAUGAGAAUGUGGCUAACACCAACGCUAGCCAUGUUCAAGAUACACCAUCCAAGCAGACAGGGGGCGCUCUGACACGAUUCCUGGAGCAGCAUCGUCACUCUGAGAGGAUGAAGAUGUUCGGACCCUUCACUAUGGGCAUUGGGAUUUUCAUCUUUAUAUGUGCUAAUGCCAUUCUUCAUGAAAACAGAGACAGAGAAACUAAGAUAAUCCAUAUGAGAGACAUGUACUCUACCGUCAUUGACAUCCAUCGCCUCAGGCAGAAGGAGCAAAAACAACACCAUCACAGAAACAGCACAUAUUCAAGAGACGGCUUUGGAGCUGAUAACGCAUCACGGUUCGCCAGCAACUCCCUCCUUGCUUUCUCUUCCCGGGCUGGAAGUGUUGCUGGAGGGGUUGGAGGCUCCACAGAGGAGGAGGAAGUGCUGUUAGGAGACGAGGAGUUUCACUAUAAUAGGUCACAGGCUAAGUUGGAUUGUAGUUUUGCUGGGCUGCUGGCGCCACUCUACAAGGACCGGCCCUUUUACGGCCCGGGACUCGGGUUGGUUCACUCUGAUUCCAUGCGGCACCAGUGGUCUAUGGACGGAGACGGGGAAAAAGGGGGACAUCAUGCUCGCUCUAUCGUCUCCUCCUCUAUCUCUGCCUUCACACUCCCUGUCAUUAAACUCAACAACUGCGUCAUUGACGAGCCGGAGAUGGAGGCGAUUACCGAGGAGGACAGAGUAGGCGACAGGAGAGACGGAGAGAGGUCACAGCCUCUGAGCUCAAUGGAGUCUCUGGUGGUUCCUGUAGCAUCUGUUGCCAAGGCCUCCAAACCUCCAGGCCUCCACAGGAGUAACUCUGCGUCCUCUUCCUCCCACUGCUCCUCUGUCUCCUCCAUGUCCCUCUCCCCUGCUCCCUCAGGCUGCUGGCUCUCCCCAGGAGCAGCAAGGACUGACUUUGGAUCCAACUCCUCUCUGCACAUGCUCAGCAGCCACUCAAAAUCUCUGGACCUGGAGCGUAGACCGAGCAUGCUCAGUGUGAACCCGGAGCAGCGGAAGCACCCCAGCUGGCCACGGCUUGAUCGUAGUAAUAGCAGCCGAAGUAACAGCGGAAACCGUGGCAGCAGUAAAGGCUACACGCGGCUAGAAGACAGGGAGGAGCAAGGGGAGCGGCUUCUCGAUGCGACUGGGAGGAGGGACUUCAGCAAGCGGGAGAAGCUGCUGAUGAUAUCAAGGUCACAUAAUAAUCUGAGCUUUGAGCAUGAUGAGUUUAACAGCAGCACCCUGAAGAGGGGCAGCUCAGAGACCCGAUUCUGAAGCACUGAACUAAAGGUUAAAGACACUCAAUUUCUGUUCCAUAAAUGUGUGUCAGGGGGGAAGUAAGUUUAACAGCUCCACUCUUGUGCCAGAAACACUCAAAUGUGCUUUCAAAGACUUUUCUGAACUCCAGUUUUGGACUUUGUUUUGCUGUAAGAAAGACACAAUAUGCAGCACUACAUCUAGAUGGGCUGUUUUUAGCCAACCCUGACCUUUAACCUCCAUGUAGGGAGGUGAGAAAGACUAGUUUCCUACAGGAGUCGCUACAAAAUAAAUCACAUCACAUCAUCCAUCUGCUUUGUACAAACAUAGUUCUAAUAAAGUUUGAACAGGAUCUCAACCCUCA